UCCAAGCGCUGUGCCGGCACGGGCUGUGGAUCGGCGGCGGCUGUGACGCGAGUGACGGAGCCGCAGCAGAGAGUCCAGAUGCGCAGGGCCAUGUGAUGUUUUCCAUAGGCCAAAAGGCAACAGCAGUGAAAACAAGCGAACCUUUUGGCACCUGCCAAUGAAAGCGAGGGUGUUGUGAGUCUCCGCCACACCUCUUGCAUCUAGCAGGGCUCCAGCCGUGGGACCAUGGCCAAGCCCAUGCUUCUGGGCCUUGCUGCCCUGCUUGUCAUGCAGAGCAGUCCUCGCCCCUUGGAGAGCUGCUUCGAAGACCCGGAGUACGGCCAGCUGCUGGAGAUCGCUAAGGAUGGGCUUGGGAAGGCUGAAAAGCCGAAACGGAUUGUGAUCGUAGGAGCCGGGAUUGCUGGUCUUACAGCUGGGAAAGUGCUGCUGGAUGCUGGACACCAGGUGACAAUCCUGGAGGCCCGCAGUCAUGUGGGAGGCCGAAUGGAGACAUAUCGGGAUCCUGCAGGGAACUGGUAUGUGGAUUUGGGGCCGAGGCGCUUGCCCUACAGUCACCGAAUUGUCCGGGAAUUCGUUAAAAAGUUUGGCUUGAAAUUACACCGUUAUUCAGAUGGCAAUGGCAAUGAAUACUUAGUGAACAACAUCCGAGCUCGAGUCAAAGACGUGGAGAAAAAUCCAGACAUCCUGGGAUAUCCCGUGGACCCCUCAGAACGAGGCAAGUCUGCUGUGGAGCUCUAUUACCAAGCACUGAGAGCGAUUGAAGAAGACUUAGAGAGAUCAAAUUGUACCCAUGUGGUUGAAAAAUACGAUGCCUUUUCUUUGAAGGAAUAUCUGAUUGAAAAGGGGAACCUGAGCCGUGCAGCAGUACAAAUGAUUGGAGAUCUCAUGAACUUGAGUGCAGAGUUUUCUUGCAGUUUCAUUGAGUUUCUCCGUGAAGUUUUUCUGUUUACUCGGGAAAAGAGGUUCGAUGAGCUUGCUGGCGGCUUUGACACGUUGCCACGCGCCUUCCACCAGUCCCUCCCCGCUGCUACGGUGCUGCUCAACAGCACAGUGGUGCAGGUCCUCAGGGAAAGAGAUGUGGUGUCCGUACUUCACCGCCCUUCCAACUCCCGGGCCCCACCAAGCACCCUCCAGGCGGACUAUGUCAUUGUCACCUCCACCGCGGAGGCCACACGUCUCAUUCAGUUCCACCCAGCCCUGUCGACCGCCAAGACCCAGGCACUACGCUCUCUGCACUCCACGGGGGCCACCAAGGUAGCCUUGGCCUGUACCAAGAAAUUCUGGGAAGAAGAAGGGGAGGAGGUCUAUGGUGGAACAUCCAUCAGUGACCUCCCCUCAAGGAUCACCACCUAUUCCAACCAAAACUUCUCCAACGGCCUGGGAGUCAUCAUAGGCUCCCAAACCUACGGGGAAGACUCCGAGUUUUUUGCCCCCCUCAGCCCUCAAAGGACAGUCGAGGUGGUCCUGAGGGAUUUAGCGGCCAUCCACCAGCGCCCCCUGGAGGAGCUGAGGCAGCUUUGCAGCCAGUGGGUGGUGAAGAAGUGGAAUCUGGACCCUCAUGCGAUGGGGGCCUUCACCCUCUUCAGGCCUUACCAGCUGAGUGAGCAUGCUGCAGCCCUGGCCGGCAGUGAGGGGCGAGUCUAUUUUGCUGGGGAGUACACAGCUUUGCCACAUGGGUGGGUCGAUACGGCAAUGAAAUCAGCCUUGAGGGCAGCCAGGGAGGUCCAUCGGCACUGCAGUCACAACACGGGAGACCACAUUUCGGAUACAGGGAGUUGCAGGGAAGCUCAAAACCUCAUUGAUCACUUGGUAGGAGUGAUUGGUUUUAUCUGAA